AUGGCCAGUACAUUGCAAGUGAAUUGCUCCAUAGAAAGACCUUCGCUUUCCUACAAAUUUGAUGAUCAUUCCAGAGGUUCACUCCCUUCUUCUUUGAGUUUUAAGCCACUCUUCAGAAAGUUUCAGCAGAAUCCCAUUUUGGCUAAUGUUCCCAAUAUCAUUAAGGAGGCUUCAGUGAGAAUAAUAGAUACAUUUGUUGAUUUGGCAUUUGAAUUCGUCGACCAGCCAUUGCUCCCAUCUCAGAGUAAUUUUGCUCCUGUAGAAGAACUGGGAGAAGCUAUUCGUGUUACCAGCAUAGAAGGAAGGAUCCCAGGUGAUUUCCCGGAGGGCGUUUACAUCAGAAAUGGCCCGAAUCCUUUAUUUGGAGGAUUAAAAUCGACAAAAUCCGUAUUUGGGAAAUCAAGCCACAUCUGGAUAGAAGGUGAAGGAAUGCUUCAUGCUUUGUAUUUUUGUAAGGAACGCAAUGGCAGUUGGAUCACUUCCUACAACAACAGGUAUGUCCAAACCGAUACGCUCAAGUUAGAAGAGAAAAGAAAGAAACCAGCAUUUCUUCCAGCUGUUGAAGGGGAUUCUCAUGCUGUGUUGUCAGCUUUUCUACUAAAUUUGUUAAGAUUUGGCUCCGUGGAUAAAUAUCUUAGCAAUACAAAUGUUUUUGAGCAUUCUGGGAAGUUCUACUCAAUUUCUGAGAAUUACAUUCCUCAAGAGAUUGACAUUCGUACACUAGAAACUCUCGGAAAUUGGCACCUCAAUAAAGCUUGGAGUAGGCCAUUCACCAGCCAUCCUAAGAAAGCUCCAGACACCGGAGAACUUGUGAUUAUGGGGAUCACUCCAAGAAAGCCUUACUUUGAACUCGGAGUUAUUUCAGCUGAUGGAAAUAAAUUAAUUCACAAAGCCGAUCUCAAAUUAAAUAGGUGUUGCCUUAGCCAUGAACUAGGAGUUACGAAAAGGUAUAAUGUGAUCAUGGAUUUUCCUGUAACUGUAGACAUAGAUCGACUCAUAAGUGGAGGAUCGUUAAUCAAGCACGAUAAAGGAGGACGUGCAAGGAUUGGAAUAAUGCCCCGUUAUGGUGAUGCAGAUUCCGUCCAGUGGUUUGAAGUUGAAUCAAGCUGUACAUUUCACAUUAUUAACUGUUACGAGGAUGGCAAUGAGGUGGUCGUGUUGGCAUGUCGAGCCCAUGGUUCAGUCAUACCAGGACCUGAUUAUGGCUUAAACAAAUUUGAGUGGUUUUCUAAAGGGUUUGAGCAUAUAGUUUCUGUUGAAGAAAUUGAUGAAAAAUCACAAGAAGGAUCAUUUUUCUCUCGUGCAUAUGAAUGGAGAUUGAAUAUACAUACCGGAGAGGUGGAAGAGAGAAAUCUCACUGGAACCGAAUAUUCUAUGGAUUUUCCGUUCAUGAACGAAAAGUUUGUUGGUCUUGAUACUAAGUUUGGGUACACACAAGUGGUCGAUUCAAAUUCAAGCUCCAUAUCAGGCAUGGCAAAAUAUGGAGGGCUAGCCAAACUUUACUUCAAGGAAAGGAAACUCGAACUUCUCCUGGAUAAGAGACAAUUCGAAGAAGAGUUGAUAAAGAUCGAAUAUCAUAAGUUUCCACAGAAUACAUUUUGCACCGGAGCUGCCUUUGUGGCAAAACCCGGGAGUCCUGAAGAAGAUGGUGGAUGGAUCAUUACAUAUGUACACAAUGAAGACAGUAAUAUAUCUCAAGUUUAUAUAGUUGACGCACAGAAACUUUCAGACGGGCCAGUCGCCAAGAUUACACUACCAAGUAGAGUCCCAUAUGGAUUCCAUGGAGCUUUCAUGCCAAUACGUUAA